AUGUCCGCCGGAGGAGACUUGGGUAACCCUCUGAGGAAAUUUAAACUCGUAUUUUUAGGAGAACAGAGCGGUGAGUCGAGCCUUUUGGAGAGCCUUAGAGGCUUAGAGGCUUGCUUGGUUAUCAAUUGCCAAACAUGCUAAUGCAUCUUGAAGGCCAUAACUGUGUUAUUUGGUCUAUUUGAAAGUUUUCACUAUUUUGUAAAUGUUUUGAGAGGUUGUGUAAUAUGUUAGCUCAAUCAACCAAUUCACCGGUUCCUGUCACGAUUUUGUUUCUGUAGAAAAUUUGAUUAGUCAUCCAUUGUGAUCUAAAACGUCAUGAAAUAAAUCUAUCCUCCGGGUUUUCCAGAUGUUAAUAUUUUAUUUCAACCAAUUUCUCUAUUUAACAUGUUUUAUUUUAUUGUAUCAUUGGUAUUACAGAUAGAAUACAGUAGACGACGUGAAAUACGAAUUUGGAUGUUUUGAUGUGGUGCAGUGACCGGCAGAAAGAUUCUGUUUCAAGAUUAUAAUAACAUGUUAUUACAGUUCCAUCGUUGAUUGUAGACGUAAAUGUAACAUUAAAAUGUAUGAUAUGACAAGCUAAACAUUUUUUAGGUUUAAAAGGGAUAAAUAGACAAACAGUUCCCAUGUGUCAGUUCGGGACACACCCAGGUUGGCGAUGUCUGUAGAAUGUAUAAACCUCGCAGUCACUGUCUCCAAUCUCCAUAAUUUGACUCACAGCUCCGUAACAUAAUGAUAGUCACGAAUGGUUUGUCCCUGUCAUAACAUGAUGAUGUAUUCAAUAAUUCAAUCAUUUAGGGAACAAUGACUGUUUACGUGGUUGUUAUGGCACAGAUUCAGGAGUCUAGAUCGAUAAUGGUUUAGCGCUAUAAACCUCUCUGGUCAGACAUCAGACAGUCGGACUGGCUAUACAGAUCUCGGUACGAUCAUGGAAGUGCAAAAUACUAGUGAUUUAUUUGAAAUAGAAUGGAUGCUGUGUGUGUGUGUGUGUGUGUGUGUGUGUGUGUGUGAGAAAGAGAAAAAUGUGUGUCACUCAUGUCCACCAUUUAGUGUAUGUUCCUGUGUGUGUGUGUGUGUGUGUGUGUGUGUGUGUGUGUGUGUGUGUGUGUGUGUAUGUAUGUAUGUAUGUAUGUAUGUAUGUAUGUACUGUAUAUGUGGGUGUGUGUGUGUGUGUAUGUAAUGGUAGGUGUCUAGGCUUUCCAUAGAAAAUUAAUCUGAGAUGUAGUUGCCCAUGGUGCUCUGUGAUUGUGUGUGUGUGUGUGUGUGUUUGUGUCUUUGUGCGCAUGUGUGUUAUUGCAUUUGUAUGUAGCUAACACCCUAAUGGUUUUCCAUAAGGUUUGCGGUAAUGUAGCGGUGUUGUGCUGAUUUCAAGCAUGUAAUGGCCACUGCCCAAAGCCUUCUGUAGUCCACUAACUGUGAUGUACUUAGCUAGAAGGAGCCUAGGACCCGUACACAAAGCGAGUACAACAAUAUCCAUAGGUUAGUUAUUGUUUUCGUAACAGUAUGGAUAUAUGUAUAUAUGUGUGUAUGUAAACUCAGCAAAAAACGAAACGGCCUCUCACUGUCAACUGCGUUUAUUUUCAGCAAACUUAACAUGUGUAAAUGUUUGUAUGAACAUAACAAGAUUCAACAACUGAGACAUAAACUGAACAAGUUCCACAGACAUGUGACUAACAGAAAUGGAAUAAUGUGUCCCUGAACAAAGGGGGGGUCAAAAUCAAAAGUAACAGUCACUAUCUUGGCCACCAGCUGCAUUAAGUACUGCAGUGCAUCUCCUCCUCAUGGACUGCACCAGAUUUGCCAGUUCUUGCUGUGAGAUGUUACCCCACUCUUCCACCAAGGCACCUGCAAGUUCCCAGACAUUUCUGGGGGGAAUUGCCCUAGCCCUCACCCUCCGUUCCAACAGGUCCCAGACGUGCUCAAUGGGAUUCUUCGCUGUUCGCUGGCCAUGGCAGAACACUGACAUUUCUGUCUUGCAGGAAAUCACGCACAGAAUGAGCAGUAUGGCUGGUGGCAUUGUCAUGCUGGAGGUUCAUGUCAGGAUGAGCCUGCAGGAAGGGUACCACAUGAGGGAGGAGGAUGUCUUCCCUGUAACGCACAGCGUUGAGAUUGCCUGCAAUGACAACAAGCUCAGUCCGAUGAUGCUGUGACACACCGCCCCAGACCAUGACGGACCCUCCACCUCCAAAUCGAUCCCGCUCCAGAGUACAGGCCUCGGUAUAACGCUCAUACCUUAGACGAUAAACGCGAAUCCGACCAUAACCCCUGGUGAGACAAAACCGCGACUCGUCAGUGAAGAGCACUUUUUGCCAGUCCUGUCUGGUCCAGCGACGGUGGGUUUGUGCCCAUAGGCGACGUUGUUGCCGGUGAUGUCUGGUGAGGACCUGCCUUACAACAGGCCUACAAGCCCUCAGUCCAGCCUCUCUCAGCCUAUUGCGGACAGUCUGAACACUGAUGGAGGGAUUGUGCAUUCCUGGUGUAACUCGGGCAGUUGUUGUUGCCAUCCUGUACCUGUCCCGCAGGUGUGAUGUUCGGAUGUACCGAUCCUGUGCAGGUGUUGUUACAUGUGGUCUGCCACUGCGAGGACAAUCAGCUGUCCGUCCUGUCUCCCUGUAGCACUGUCUUAGGCAUCUCACAGUACGGACAUUGCAAUUUAUUGCCCUGGCCACAUCUGCAGUCCUCAUGCUUCCUUGCAGCAUGCCUAAGGCACGUUCACUCAGAUGAGCAGGGACCUUGGGCAUCUUUCUUUUGGUGUUUUUCAGAGUCAGUAGAAAGGCCUAUUUUGUGUCUUAAGUUUUCAUAACUGUGACCUUAAUUGCCUACCAUCUGUAAGCUGUUAGUGUCUUAACGACCGUUCCACAGGUGCAUGUUCAUUAAUUGUUUAUGGUUCAUUGAACAAGCAUGGGAAACAGUGUUUAAACCCUUUACAAUGAAGAUCUGUGAAGUUAUUUGGAUUUUUACCAAUUAUCUUUGAAAGACAGGGUCCUGAAAAAGGGACAUUUCUUUUUUUGCUGAGUUUAUGUAUGUACACCACCUGUCAAACGUUAUGACACACCUACUCAUUCAAGGGUUUUUCUUUAUUUUUACAAUUCUUUUACAUUGUAGAAUAAUAGUGAAGACAUCAAAACUAUGAAAUAACACAUACGGAAUCAUGUGGUAACCAAAAAAGUGUUAAACAAAUCAAAAUAUAUUUUAUAUUUGAGAUUCUUCAAAUAGCCACCCUUUGCCUUGAUGACAGCUUUGUACACUCUUGGCAUUCUCUCAACCAUCUUAAUGAGGUAGUCACCUGGAAUGCAUUUCAAUUAACAAGUGUGCCUUCUUAAAAGUUAAUUUGUGGAAUUUCUUUUCUUCUUAAUGCGUUUGAGCCAAUCAGUUGUGUUGUGAUAAGGUGGGGGGUAUACAGAAGAUAGCCCUAUUUGGUAAAAGACCAAGUCCAUAUUAUGGCAAGAACAGCUCAAAUAAGCAAAGAGAAACGACAGUCCAUCAUUACUUUAACACAUGAAGGUGAGUCAAUCCGGAAAACCUCAUGAACUUUGAAAGUUUCUUCAAGUGCAGUUGCAAAAACCAUCAAGCGCUAUGAUGAAACUGGCUCUCAUGAGGACCGCCACAGGAAUGGAAGACCCAGAGUUACCUCUGCUGCAAAGGAUAAGUUCAUUAGAGUUACCAGCCUCAGAAAUUGCAGCCCAAAUAAAUGCUUCACAGAGUUCAAGUCACAGACACAUCUCAACAUCAACUGUUCAGAGGGGACUGUGAGAAUCAGGCCUUCAUGGUCGAAUUGCUGCAAAGAAACCACUACUAAAGGACACCAAUAAUAAGAAGAGACCUGCUUGGGCCAAGAAACACAAGCAAUGGACAUUAGACCGGUGGAUAUGUGUCCUUUGGUCUGGAGUCCAAAUUAAUCUGAGAUGUAGCUGCCUAUGGUGCGCAUGUGUGUUAUUGCAUUUGUAUGUAGCUAACACCCUAAUGGUUUUCCAUAAUGUAUGCGGUAAUGUAGCGGUGUUGUGCUGAUUUCAAGCAUGUAAUGGCCACUAACUGUGAUGUACUUAGCUAGAAGGAGCCUAGGACCCGCACACAAAGCGAGUACAACAAUAUCCAUAGGUUAGUUAUUGAUUUCGUAACGGUAUGUAUAUAUGUAUGUAUGUAUGUAUGUAUGUAUGUAGACAAUGUAUGUACAGGUAACUGCCAAAAUAAAGGAAACACCAACAUAAAAUGUCUUAGUAGGGCGUUGGGCCACCACGAGCCAGAACAGCUUCAAUGCAUCUUGGCAUGGAUUCUACAAGUGUCUGGAACUCUAUUGGAGGGAUGCGACACCAUUCUUCCAUGAGAGAUUCCAUCAUUUGGUGUUUUGUUGAUGGUCAUUUUUAAAAAAAAUUUAGUCAUUUAGCAGACGCUCUUAUCCAGAGCGACUUACAGUUAGUGCAUACAUUUCUUCUUAUUUUUUUCAUACUGGCCCCCCGUGGGAAUCGAACCCACAACCCUGGCGCUUGCAGCGCCAUGCUCUACCAACUGAGCUACACGGGGUGGAAAUGCUCAGGCACCGCUCCAGAAUCUCCUAGCAUAAGUCUAUAAUUGGGUUGAGAUCUGGUGACUGAGAUGGCUAUGGCAUAUGGUUUACAUUGUUUUCAUGCUCAUCAAAUCAUUCAGUAACCACUCCUUCCCUGUGGAUGGGGGCAUUGUCAUCCUAUGGGGGUAUAGCCAUGGUAGCCAAAAUAAUUUUAUACAUGGCCCUAAGCAUGAUGGGAUGUUAAUUGCUUUAUUAACUUAGGAACCACACCUGUGUGGAAGCACCUGCUUUCAAUAUAUUUUGUAUCCCUUGUUUACUCAAGUGUCUCCAUUAUUUUGGCAGUUACCAGUAUUUAUUUAUUUAUUUUAUUUUACCUUUAUUUAACUAGGCAAGUCAGUUAAGAACAAAUUCUGAUUUACAAUGACGGCCUACACUGGCCAAACCCGGACCAAUUGUGCGCCGCCCUAUGGGACUCGCAAUCACGGCCGGUUGUGAUACAGCCUGGAAUCGAACCAGGGGGUCUGUAGUGACGCCUCAAGCACUGAGAUGCAGUGCCUUAGACCGCUGCACCACUCGGGAGCCCGAGUGUGUAUGUAUGUAUGUACAGUGCAUUUUGAAAGUAUUCAGACCCCUUCCCUUUUUCCACAUUUUGUUACGUUACAGCCUUAUUCAAAAAUCAAUUAAAUAAAACAUUUCCCUCAUCAAUCUACACGCAAUACCCCAUAAUGACAAAGCAAAUAAAAAUACCUUAUUCACAUAAGUAUUCAGACCCUUUGAUAUGAGACUCGAAAUUGAGCUCAGGUGCAUCCUGUUUCCAUUGAUCAUCCUUGAGAUGUUUCUACAACUUGAUUGGAGUCCACCUGUGCUAAAUUCAAUUGAUUGGACAUGAUUUGGAAAGGCACACACCUGUCUAUAUAAGGUCCCACAGUUGACAGCAAAAACUAAGCCAUGAGGUUGAAGGAAUUGUCCGUAGAGCUCCGAGACAGGAUUGUGUCGAGGCACAGAUCUGGGGAAGGGUAGCAAAUCAUUUCUGCAGCAAUGAAGGUCCCCAAGAACACAGUGGCCUCCAUCAUUCUGAAAUGGAAGAAGUUUGGAACCACCAAGACUCUUCCUAGAGCUGGCCGCCCCGCCAAACUGAGCAAUCGAGGGAGAAGGGCCUUGGUCAGGGAGGUGACCAAGAACCCUAUGGUAACUCUGACUAAGCCCCAGUGUUCCUCUGUGGAGAUGGGAGAACCUUCCAGAAGGACAACCAUCUCUGCAGCACUCCACCAAUCGGGCCUUUAUGGGGGUAGAGUGGCCAGAUGGAAGCCACUCAUCAGUAAAAGGCACAUGACAGCCCGCUUGGAGUUUGCCAAAAGGCACCUAAAUGACUCUCAGACCAUGAGCAACAAGAUUCUCUGGUCUGACAAAACAAAGAUUGAACUCUUUGGCCUGAAUGCCAAGCGUCACGUCUGGAGGAAACCUGGCACCCUCCCUACGGUGAAGCAUGGUGGUGGCAGCAUCAUGCUAUGGGGAUGUUUUUCAGCGGCAGGGACUGGGAAACUAGUCAGGAUCGAGGGAAAGAUGAACGGAGCAUGUUAAUUAUUUAUGCAUAGUCACUUUAACUCUACCCACAUGUACAUAUUACUUCAACUACCUCAACUAGCCGGUGCCCCCGCACUUUGACUCUGCACCGGUACCCCCCUGUAUAUAUAGCCUCCCUACUGUUAUUUUAUUUUACUUCUGCUCUUUUUUUCUCAACACUUUUUUUGUUGUUGUUUUAUUUUUACUUUUUUGUUAAAAAUAAAUGCACUGUUGGUUAAGGGCUGUAAGUAAGCAUUUCACUGUAAUGUCUGCACCUGUUGUAUUCGGCGCAUGUGGCCAAUUUUUUUUGAUUUGAUUUGAUUUGAUGAAAACCUGCUCCAGAGUGUCCAGGACCUCAGACUGGGGCGAAGGUUCACCUUCCAACAGGACGACGACACUAAAAACACAGCCAAGACAACACAGGAGUGGCUUCGGGACAAGUCUCUGCAUGUCCUUGAGUGGCCCAGCCAGAGCCCGGACUUGAACCCGAUCGAACCUUUCUGGAGAGACCUGAAAAUAGCUGUUCAGUGAUGCUCCCCAUCCAACCUGACAGAGCUUGAGAGGAUCUGCAGAGAAGAAUGGGAGAAACUCCCCAAAAACAGGUGUGCCAAGCUUGUAGCGUCAUACCCAAGAAGACUCAAAGCUGUAAUUGCUGCCAAAGGGGCUUCAACAAAGAACUGAGUAAAGGGUCUGAAUACUUAUGUAAAUGUGAUAUUUCAGUUUUUAAUACAUUUUCAGAAAUGUCUAAACCUGUUUUUUCUUUGUCAUUAUGGGGUAUUGUGUGUAGAUUGAUGAGAAAAAAACAGCAAUUUAAUCCAUUUUACAAUGAGGCUGUAACGUGAAAAAAAUGUGGAAAAAGUCAAGGCAUCUGAAUAUUUUCCGAAUGAAUGUAUGUAUGUAUGUAUGUACUGUAUCAAUGUUCACCCCUGUGUUCUGUUCCUCUUCCAGUGGGGAAAACAUCAUUGAUCACCAGGUUCAUGUACGACAGCUUCGACAACACAUAUCAGGUAAUUACAGUACAAUGUACAAAGGGCAAUACAAAUCGAAUUACCGUAGAUUUGAUUAGAUGUCAGUGCUUGGCCUGAAUAGCUUUUUAUGUUUUCUAUCUAUCACAAUACAUAUUUUCGUUUGUGAAUAACAAAUGAUAGAGGGUGAAACACUGUACCCUGUGGGACUCCUUUUAUUGUGCUAUUAUUGCUAAUAUCAUUUUCCUCUUAUUUUAUUUGACAGGCGACCAUUGGGAUUGACUUCUUAUCAAAGACCAUGUACCUGGAGGACCGAACAGUAAGAAACUCUGUCAGUUACCUGAAAGGAACACACAGAUCAACACAGACUACAUUAUUUCUACCCUUUUUAGUGGCCUAGCACCCUAACUAGUAGCCUAGCACCCCAACUAGUAGCCUAGCACCCUAACUAGUAGCCUAGCACCCUAACUAGUAGCCUAGCACCCUAACUAGUAGCACUCCAAUUCUCCUAGCAUACUAUACAUACUAAGUAUACCAGAGGAGGCUGGUGGGAGGAGCUAUAGGAGGACAGGCUCAUUGUAAUGGCUGGAAUGGAAUAAAUUGAUCGGUAUGAACCCCAUCAAACAUAUGGAAACCACAUGUUUGACUCCAUUCCUUAAAUUCCAUUCCAGUCAUUACAAUGAGCCCAUCCUCCUAUAGCUCCUUCCACCAGCCUCCACUGAACUAUACAUAAUGUACAUACUACAAACUAAUUACAUCGAUGAGGCAUUCAUAAAUGAGAAUGUAUUCUUAUUCAACUUACCUGGUGAAAUUAAACUUAAAUAAUCGUGUUAAUACAGAGCUGUUGUUGCGGUUUAGCCAGUAGUGUAGCUCUGUGUGUGCUAUGUAUCUAGGUGAGGCUGCAGCUGUGGGAUACAGCUGGCCAGGAGCGCUUCAGGAGUCUCAUUCCCAGCUACAUACGGGACUCAACUGUCGCUGUGGUGGUGUAUGACAUUACAAGUGAGCAGCAAGACAUUACAACUCACACUACAAGCAGAACCAUAUGCAUGCACGCACACACACACUGUUACCCUUGUGCACUAUAAUGGCUUGUCGUUUUGGUGUACACAGUAAAAUCCAGUAAAAAGUUUGUAAAUGAUGUAUUUCCUCCACAGACGUGAACUCGUUCCAGCAGACCUGUAAGUGGAUUGACGACGUUCGAACAGAGAGGGGCAGUGAUGUCAUCAUCAUGUUAGUGGGCAACAAGACAGACCUGGAGGAGAAGAGGUGGGUCUAGUUCAGGGUUCCCCAAUUGGUGGCCCGCGGGCCGAAUAUGGCCCACGGCUGGUUUUAUUUGGACCCCCAAGUUUUCUGACCACAAAAAAAUAAAAAUACAUAUUUUUUCAUUGUUGGACAUAAGACUGUAAAAACAACAGGAACUCAGCUCCAAGUGAUUUUAAUUUUGGAAAUCUGUUCCCAAGUGUUCCUAUGCAUAAUAGAGAGACACGUGAUCAUAUACAAAUGUAAGCAAGAUUUGUAAUGGUAUGUUUUAGUCCAACAUUAUAUCUGUUUGGGCUUCUUGCGGUCAAUUUGCAGUCUACAAAUUUUUUGUAAUUAUGUUCCGGCCCCCCGACCAUCCGCUCCAAAAAAAUCGUCCCGUGGCUGAAAUGAUCCCUGUUCUAGUUUAUAUUUGAUACAUGUAUUACAUGUACACUGACUGUACAAAACAUUAGGAACACCUGCUCUUUCCGUGACAUAGGCUGACCAGGUGAAUCCAGGUGAAGGCUAUGAUCCCUUAUUGAUGUCACCUGUUAAAUCCACUUCAAUCAGUGUAGAUGAAGGGGAGGAGACAGGUUAAAGAAGGAUUUUUAAGCCUUGAGACAAUUGACACAUGGAUUGUGUAUGCAUGCCAUUCAGAGGGUGAAUGGGCAAGAUACAAUAUUUAAGUGCCUUUGAACGGGGUUUGGUAGUAGGUGCCAAGCGCACCUGUUUUAUGUGUCAAGAACUGCAACGCUGCUGGGUUUUUCACGCUCAACAGUUUCCUUUGUGUAUCAAGAAUGGUCCACCACCCAAAGGACAUCCAGCCAAUUUGACACAACUGUGGGAAGCAUUGGAGUCAACAUGGGCCAGCAUCCCUGUGGAACGCUUUCGACACCUUGUAGGAUCCAUGCCCCGAUGAAUUGAGGCUGUUCUGAGGGCAAAAGGAAGGUGCAAAUCAAUAUUAGGAAGGUGUUCCUAAUUUUUGUACACUCAGUGUAUUAUAGCAUAUAUCUCUCUUAUAAAUAUGUUAUUUAUUGCAUAAGCCUAUCAGAGGGGUAGUUUGUCUGCCUUAAUGUUACUUUUUCAAUCCCUUUAAAUUGAUUAUAUAUGUGUUGACAGCGUGAACAUGAGUCACCUGAUUUGAUUCAAUUAUGCAUCAAUUGUUCAACGUCAUUGGUUCUACAUAAACCAUUCAAGAUGUCUGUCAAGUAUUUCCCUUGAAACAUCUGAAUGCAUGCUAUGGUCUGAUUCUCCCACAGGCAAAUCACUAUUGAGGCUGGAGAGCAGAGAGCCAAAGAACUGAAUGUGAUGUUCAUCGAAACCAGUGCCAAGACAGGCACCAAUGUCAAACAGGUGAUUCUUACUAUAAAAAUGUAGCAUUUCUUAAUUAGGCACUCAACAUUUCAGAAUUGUUGCUUCUUAAUUUGCUUCAAGUCACUCACUCAAACAUCAGAUUUAGAUUGUGGAAAUUCCUUCUAGUAUGUAGUUUUAUUGUGUUAGUUCGAUUCUAUUCUUUCAAACUAUUUUCCCUCCACUCUCUCACUUUCUCUGUUUUUCUCUUUCUCUUUCUCUUUCCCUCUCCAGCUGUUUCGCCGCGUUGCAGCAACCUUACCUGGGAUGGAGAGUUUGGACGAUGUGAACCCUGAAGGCAGUAUCCUUUAGAACAGAGUGAGUGACUCAACACUGUUAAUCAAGGCUCAGAACAACAAAGAGGAACUCAGUAGAGAGAAACAAUCCUUCAACUCGUUGUGGUUGCUGCUACGUUAAUAGAGAAGUAGGCAGAAAUAGGGUGCCAUCUCCAGUGCAUUGAACCAGUAAUAUGAUCAUUGGUUUGUAUGCCCUUAAAAAAAAGGCAAAGUUCAGUAACUACGUUAUGGUACUUCAUGAUGUAUUUUGAUCGACUGGCUUGUUCUUGUUUCAGGAAACUAAAUACCACAUUAAUCAGAUAAUAUACCUGGCCAUUACAACAGAUCAAAGAUUUUGGACCAAAUUCGUAGUUACUGCACUUUGCCUUUGUAGGGCAGUAUAGGACAAGGGGAGAGGAUGCCCCCUAGUGACGGUAUAGCAGGAUAGGACCCUGUACCUAGGGAGUAGAGCCCUGCACGGGCAUGAAAUUUAAGCCAGAGCCCUUCCAAUGCCCGCGACGUUAAGGCCCUACCGUUCCCUGGCCCGAUUGCUUCUGCCCAUACCCGAAAUCACAAAUAACUUUCACCUUUAGCUGCUCAUCUCUGCACUGCUGUGCUGCACUGCAUCUGCUCCGUGCACUCUCUGCAUGUGUGAGUGUCCAUAGCAACGGCUCCGCUUGGCUGCUCACAAGACGAGAGAGAGACUGAGAGAGCUCUUAGGUAGCUAAGGCCUUUCCCAACCCGAUGUAUAAUGUUGGGGGCCCGUAGGACUCGAGUUGGGUAGCAGUGCUCUACUAGGGAGACAUGAUGAAGGAUAGACUAUGGUGGUUGGAAGGAGGGCGUAGUUACAUAUAGUGUGGAAUUGUGUGAAUGUGUGUGUAUGUGCACGCGUGCUUGUGUGUGAGAGAGAGAAAGAUAGAGGGUCUAUUAUAUUGCAUUCAAGUAAUUUCUGUUGACUAUGUUAUGUGCCACUGUUUUGUUGUUUAGAAUGGAAUAUGCAGAUAAUGUUUAACCAUUUUCUAUGUAUUCCCCAAGUUUUCCUUAAUUGGACACUUUCCAGUGAUUGACAUAAAGCUGGACAAACCAGCAGAACCCACUGUCCCAGAGGGCGGGUGCUCGUGUUAAUGCAGAGCUGUCGGACAGCUUCCUUCACACCAUAGGCUUGUUGUGUUGCUUCCUACUGGUUAGCUUCCAUUUGACUGAUUGGAUAUGGGCCUUGUACCGUAUAUCCGAUUAGACUAAUCAAGUGUUAUUUCAGUCUUCAGUUGUAAAAUAUUGUAUACUUUGUCAAUAUGUAGCUAAGUGCCGGACAAGAAAAAAAUAGAAAAAAAGUUUUAGAAAACUGAAAAAAAUUGGAAAAUGGAAUGAAACACUAAUUAUUUUCGCCAUUAUGUUUUGUAUUUUUUUAUAUAAAAGGGAAAGCACCAAAAAUGAGGCCUAAAUUGGGAGAUGUGGGCCAGUCCAUUUUCAAGAUGGCUGCCCUGUCUGAAUGUCUGCAGCACGCAUGCACGCUGAUCUCAUGCCUCUCCUCUGGCUCUCGAACCCCGGAGCUGCUCGACUAACUUAGAAUGUUUUAUAGCAUAAUAAUAGCAAACUCAUAUCAACAAUGUGUCCCAAUUCAUAUUCCCCACAGGAGUUGAUUUACCGUAGAUUCAACCUUAAUUUUCUGUAGCUGUGAAAAUGUGUAACUCUCAAUGGGCAACUUUUAUAGAACAACUGUGCUGUGGUAAAAGAAGAAGAAGAAGAAAAAAGCCAAUGGAAUUUCACAAGCCCUCCCCCUUCCUCCCGCCGUUCCCCCGGCAAUACACAUAACGAUCCACUGUACUGCACUGCACUGUAUAUAGUAAUGUGAUAUGUAUGUUGUGAACGUCCCUUAGUAGAAGUGGUCCUUGUUCACCGGUAUGAAUAAUGUAACAAUGUUUAAUGAUGAAUAAAUUAAAGAUUAAAGGGCUUCACUCUUCUAACCAUCCACACUUACAUA